CUUCACGAGGGAAACUAAUUUUGCUGAUUUAUCACUAAUGUAGUGAAUUUCAAUAGGUUACAAAUCAAUCAUAAGUGAAUUAUAAUUUUCUAUCAUGUCAUUAAACGAUUUACCUGAUAAUUGUCUUUGGAAGAUCUUAGAAAAUGUUCAUGGAGUUAAAGAAUUGAUUCAAUUAUCUAAAGUUUGUUCGAGAUGGUCCGAUUUAAUUACGCUGAGAUUUAAUCGAGUAAAAUAUCUUCAUUUGUUGAAUAUUGAUGAUGCGGUUGAUUAUAUCGAUGCGAACAGUUUGUGGAUUAAUCCUAAUACGAAUUGGAAUGUUUUCAAUUUAUUCAGAUUGUUUCCGAAUAUUAAGGUUAUAGAUAUGGGACCUUUUUUGGGUAUUGCAUCUUUCAAUACAUCAGAAAUUGUCAAAAAUAAUCCACAAAUAAAGGGAUUAAUUGGUUAUUUGAAUUUCAUCGGAAGCAUUCAUGACUUGGAAAAUAUCGAAAUGUUCGCUCCAGGGUAUAAUUGGGAUUAUAAAAAAGUUUUUCGACCUGAUCAGUUGAAACAAUUUCACUUCAACUAUUUUUACAUGAGUGAUCUUCCUUCAUUCAUUGAAUAUUUUCCAAAUUUGAAGCGACUCCACUUAGGACUCCUUGACGCGGACGGAGUUUUAUACAAUGGCCCGAAUUUGUCUUCGUUAAAGAUUCUUGAACUUAGUACAUACGAUUUGGUUCAACGAUUCACCGGUUUCCAUUUAAUGGAUUUUUGCCCAUCUUUGGAAAGCGCUUUCAUUGGUUACCGGGCAAAGGAUAUUUAUGUAAAUGAAUCGAUAAAGAAUUACAAUUUAAGAGAUUUGGUUAUCGAGAAUAUUCAGUCUAGUAAACUUUCGUGGCCACUACUUAAAAAAGUGCUGUCUAAAUUUCCUAAUUUACAUCAUCUAGCGAUCAGACAUAUUGAUCAGCUCGAUGAUAGUAAUUUUCAUUUAAAAGAAUUGAUAGAAUUAUUACCUGAGUUGAAGAUAUUGGACUUACGGAAAUGUAAGAAAGUGACGCAAAAAUCAGCUGAUCUUCUGUUCAAAUAUUGUCUCAGAAAGAGUCGAUUCAUCGCAAUUUAUUACAGUUGCAAAAACGAACCCACCGAAUGGCCUAAAUUGGUGGAGACUCACGAGCCAAUUUGCUAUGGAUUCGAUUUCAUGAAACAUUGCUUCUACAAAUCAACACACUGCUAUCUUCCAUUUCUCAUUGAUGAGUGAAGAUCGAAACAAACUUUGAUGCAGGAAACUUUUACUUCACUCGUGGGCACAUAUUUCAUUUUUUGUUUCGUUCUUGGCUUUUCUUAUCAAAAUCACCAAACACCGAAAUAGGUCAGUUUAAACUGAUUAUCUGUCCUCUCAAACCAUCGAUUGACUCGAAUCAACCAGAAAGUCAUCCAAAUUUCAAUCAUCAGCAAUAAGAAUCAGCCAUUUUAUAAACGAUAACCAUGUCAAAAUUUCAUGAUUUUUCAUUAUUAAUUAAUAAUUAAUUAAUUUUAAUGAUAAUAAAUUUUUGUUAAAGAGAUGA